CCUCGCAUGACUAUCCUCAUAUCAAUAGUGAACUUCUACUAGUCUAACUUCUGCGUGGAAUGUCGAAAUAAGAAUCGUAUCAAGCUUCUCACCGCCGGCAAAAUAAGCAUCCCAGAAAAGAGCCCACAACUUCACAUGCUCCACCACCCUUGCUAGACCUCAGAGCUCCCACAUCCUCCACCAAAAACCUCAACCCUCAAAUACAAAUACGAAUUGAUUGCGCUCAAAGCCCCGACCCGCCUCUCGCGAUAAGCCCAACCCAGCGGCCGUGAAGCGCCGCAGCUCAGCUCAGCUCCCACCACCACCUUCCAGACAACCCCACCAUGCCCGUCCUCCUCUACGCACUCCUCCUCCCCGCCGUUCUCGUCUUCGCUCUACACGGCUUCUCCCGCAUCACUCCCGCGAACUCGCACAUGUCGAACGCCGCGGCCUUCUACGCGCGGCUUAUAAUAUCAUGGGUCGCCAUGAUCAUCGCGGCCGGCUACGGCGUGUUUGCGAGUAUAGCCCUCCGGGUGGCGGGGUAUGGGGGCAUGAGCCAGUGGGCUACAGGGAGGCUGUUUAAGUGGAUUAUGUGGUAUACGACUGGCGUCAUAUUUGUGGUGACGGAGGGGGGACGGAUUGAGGGCGGAAGGAGGGGGGGAAUGGAGGCAUUGAAUGAAAGGCCGGCAGUUUUUGUGGCAAAUCAUCAAACAGAACUCGAUGUCCUAAUGCUCGGUACCCUGUUCCCGAAAUACUGCAGCGUAACAGCGAAGAAGAGCUUGAAAUGGGCACCGUUUCUGGGUUGGUUCAUGACCCUCUCCAAAACUGUCUUCAUCGACCGUGCAAACCGCGCCACAGCCCUCGCCGCCUUCGACGGAGCCGCAAGGCACAUGCAAACCGAGCGACAAAGCGUCUGGAUCUUCCCCGAGGGCACACGGUCAUAUGGCGAGAGGCCAGAGCUAUUGCCCUUUAAGAAAGGCGCAUUUCAUCUAGCGAUAAAAGCACAGGUGCCUAUCGUACCCGUGGUCGUUGGCAACUACUCGCACGUCUUGAACGUGAAAAAGCGGAUCUUUAGGCCAGGCACCAUUGAUGUGAGCGUUCUGCCACCGAUCCCUACUAAAGGCAUGACCGCUGCCGAUGCAGAUAAGCUCACUACGAAGACGCGGGAUGCGAUGAUGAGUGAGUUGAUACGGCUAUCGACUGUGGCGCCGAAUGGUCACACGCCCGCAGCGGCGAUAGCGACAGGCGUGGAGCGUGAGACUCAGCCGGCACAGCGGAGAGUCGCAAAUGCGCUAUAGCGUCUCCUCAGCUACGAAAUUCGAUCGAAUUUCAACUACCAGGAAAGUUGUUCGUCUUGCAAUAUUCCAGUUCUGGUGCAUUUUGAGGCAUAGGAUCAUCAAGCAUGAUACAAAUUCUUGGAGGUGCGGAUAUGCAUCGAAGAAGACAUUCGCAUUUCACGUACGGCGUUCAUAGGUGUCUUGUUGAGGCUAGCAUGCACGGGAUGUGCAAUACCCCCCAUUUCGGAUCUUUCUUAUUUCUCAAAAAGAAUCAUGUUUGUAUGGCAACCUAAAGGGGACGACAUAGAUCUAGACUUCGAUCCAGAAAGAAUACGAGCGAUAUUUUUAUUACAUGCCAAGUCUAAACGCAAGAAUGGGAAGAAUGCUGAACGUC